GCCCCCACCCCAACCUGGCGGCCGUGAGGACUUGUCUCCGGGCCCGGGGCCUCCCGCCCGCCCCUCGGUGGAGCAUCCCGGAUCCCCGCGCGGCCGCGUUCUUUACAGACCUCGGCCCAGCGCGCUCCCCUGCACAGCCUUUUCCUGAGCGCCUACGGGAUGCCAGGACCUCCCAGCAAGCCUCCUUCCCUGUGACGCCUUCUUAGGUCUCCCACGCCCCGUUAGCCCUGUCAUCUCUGCCUGGCUCCCCGGUCCUCCCCUUUCCACUGAUACUAUUUUCUGUUUCCAAACCGCUCUCUCCUGAUGGCUUCAUGCCUUGAAGAAUGUGAACCAGAGGCGGGACAUCUCCUCCUGGCUGGCCCGAUGGUUCCCCAAAACCCCCGCCAAGUCCGUGGUGGCCCUGAAAGCACCUAUCAAGGUGGAGCUGGUGGCUGGGAAAACCUACAGGUGGUGUGUGUGUGGCCGCAGCAAGAAGCAGGAAGCAUGUGGGCCCCGAAUUCCCAGGCCUUGGACCCCAACUUUGGGAAGAUUCUGCCCAGACUCUGCUACCCCCAGCUUUUCCCAUGUGUCUCCCCAGUCUUCUCCCAGAAACCCUUCACCUUUGUCAGCUUCUGACUUUCUUCUCCAUCUGCCCUGGGAGCCUUUCAUCCCACCAGGAACCUUGCCCAUAUCCUUUGUCCCCUGGCCCCUUUCCUUCCUGAGUGUAGCUCUGAACUGGGCUCCUCCCAGCCCUGUGGCUCAGUGUCAGCAGCGCAGGACCCCAGUCCCCCUUUGCCUCUCCGACUUGCUACAGACUCUGAGCAGGUCUUUGUGAGGGUGGAGCAGUGCAGUCAUGCCCUUUGGGACAGGUUGCCAAUUUUUAUUUGCACACGCCUCUCCUCUGCCACUGUUGGACCUUGACCUCAGGCUGAAGAGGCCUUGGCUCCAGCUCUGCCACUAACUAGCAGGGCAUAUCACCUCCUGGCCUGUUUCCAGCACUCGGUCUGCUCCAUCAGCUUCUGGGAUGGAUGGGGUGGGGCGGUGGUGGUAUAUGUUCCUGCACAGGCAGCUAGGUUGCCCUGGGACGUCCCCUCCUCUGGGGGACAUCCCCUCCUCAGGGGACAUCAGUUUCCUGUAGCAACACGCCUGGUUGUUUCCUGGAGCCAAAGUCACCGCCAGUAUUGAAGCACUGUGAUGGGCGUAGGCACUCUCUGACCCACAGCUGUUUUUACAUGGCGGUGGCGGUGGUAGUGGGCGGUUUUCAGAGUUCAUAGAAAAUGCACCUUAUCGGGGCCAGCAAAUGGUGUAAUGGUUAUGUCGCUGGACUCCCACGUCG